GCCUCCGCGUUCUCCAAGCCAUAUUCCUUUAAGAUGAUGUAAUAGUCAUUUCCCUGGAUGGUUUCUUGCCUGCACUGCUGAAACAACAGCAUCCGAACUGCACUGGGAACUGUAGAACCACCCAGCUCCGCCGCCAGUGAAGCCCGAGCCCGAGACUCACUCCGGCAUCCCUGCGCUGCAGCGGCCGCCUUCGGCUCCCACCUGCCCGGAACAUGGGAGCCCGUUUGCCCUUGCCGGCAGGUGUGGUGGCUACCUGGGACCCCAGAGGGGCACAUCUGUCUUUCUGUUUCUGGGCUUUCUGAAGCACUUCUAAGUCCCAGACACCUUUUGCAACUCUCUUCUGUUUUAAGGAUUCUUUCUAAAGGUUUGAUUAUCAUUAUUAUUUUUUUUUCCAGAGAAGCUUUUGUGGAGCAUUUUUCUCAGCUCUUCUUUCAAAUCACUUCUCAUCCCAGCUUAACUUUUUUGUCACUUGUUUUUAACUUGAGAUUGGAGUGAAUGUAUAAAUACAGACUUACAAAUAUACAUUUAUAUGAAUAUUUAAUAUAUAAAAAUAUUAUUUUCAAAGAGUACAUCUCUCUGGCACUUUUCAUUGAUACCUCUGUCCUUUACCUCUUUGGGAUUUGACAAGCUUCAGACUCAGUGUGGCUGUGGAUUCUGUUUUGCAAAUGGGUUAUUUCUUCACAAGAACUGGGUCUCCAGCACUUAUUAAGACAGACCUCUGAGUAACUGGAGAUUUGGCCUGCCUUGUCCACUGAGCUGGAGGAAGAUUGGAUGGAGAUGAGUUGAUUACAUUCUAUGAAGUAAUAGCUCACCAUCAGCCAGGGUAUCAACUUCAUUUGCAGCUUCCUUUCACCUGUAGACUCUCCUAAAUUUUGCUUUUUGGCGGGGAGGAAACUGGGAAAAGAGGAGGUUGUUCUAAACAAGUUAGCAUCCUUCCUCCUCCAAGUUGAGGCAAAUGAUAAGGCCGUGACUCCGCUGGAUUUCACCUUUAAAUCAAAAUACGAGAAGAGGAAGAAAAAAGGGACAAUGGCUCUGAGUGGAAACUGUAGUCGAUAUUAUCCUCCUCGCGAACAAGGGGCCGCCGUUUCCAACUCCUUCCCUGAGGUUGUGGAGCUGAAUGUCGGGGGUCAAGUUUAUUUCACUCGCCAUUCCACAUUAAUCAGCAUCCCUCAUUCCCUCCUGUGGAAAAUGUUCUCCCCAAAGAGAGACACUGCUAACGAUAUAGCCAAGGAUUCCAAGGGGAGAUUUUUCAUUGAUAGAGAUGGAUUCUUGUUCCGUUAUAUUCUGGACUAUCUCAGGGACAGGCAGGUGGUCCUGCCUGAUCACUUUCCAGAAAGGGGAAGACUGAAAAGGGAAGCUGAGUACUUUCAGCUCCCAGACUUGGUCAAACUUCUGACCCCUGAUGAAAUUAAACAAAGCCCAGAAGAAUUCUGCCACAGUGACUUUGAAGAUGCCUCCCAAGGAAGCGACACAAGAAUCUGCCCCCCUUCCUCACUCCUCCCUGCAGACCGAAAGUGGGGUUUCAUUACUGUGGGCUAUAGGGGGUCCUGCACCAUGGGCAGGGAGGGGCAGGCAGAUGCCAAAUUUCGGAGAGUUCCCCGGAUUUUGGUUUGUGGAAGGAUUUCCUUGGCAAAAGAAGUCUUUGGAGAUACUUUGAAUGAAAGUAGAGACCCUGAUCGAGCCCCUGAAAGAUACACCUCCCGAUUUUAUCUCAAAUUUAAGCAUCUGGAAAGGGCUUUUGAUAUGUUGUCAGAGUGUGGAUUCCACAUGGUGGCCUGUAACUCCUCAGUGACAGCAUCUUUCAUCAACCAGUAUACAGAUGACAAGAUCUGGUCAAGCUACACUGAAUAUGUCUUCUACCGUGAGCCUUCCCGGUGGUCCUCCUCGCACUGUGAUUGCUGCUGCAAGAACGGCAAGGGUGACAAAGAAGGGGAAAGUGGCACAUCUUGCAACGACCUCUCCACCUCCAGCUGUGACAGCCAGUCUGAGGCCAGCUCUCCCCAGGAGACGGUCAUCUGUGGGCCGGUGACACGCCAGACCAAUAUCCAGACUCUGGACCGGCCCAUGAAAAAGGGCCCCGUCCAGCUGAUCCAACAGUCAGAGAUGCGGCGGAAAAGUGAUCUGCUCCGGACUCUGACUUCAGGCUCCAGGGAGUCGAACAUGAGCAGCAAAAAAAAAGCUGUUAAAGAAAAGCUCUCAAUAGAGGAAGAGCUAGAGAAGUGCAUCCAGGAUUUCCUUAAAAUCAAAAUUCCAGAUCGGUUCCCUGAGAGAAAACAUCCAUGGCAAUCUGAACUUUUACGGAAGUAUCAUCUAUAGGGGAGGGCAGGGGGGUGGGAGAAGCAGCAAAUCAAUCCUGUGGCCGUUUUGAAAUAAACCUCCUAAAUAAUUUACAUCUGAAAAGAAAAAUAACAAAAGUCCAUCAUAUUUGUUAAAACAUGACAGCCCAUUGUUUUACAACUGCCUAUUUACCUAGUUCACCUUAACAUGUAAAUCCACAGGGUAGAUUUCUUUCCUGAUGUGGAAGUAUAAGAAAAUCUUGCGUUGUUGCUGUUAGUUUGUUAACUUUGUCCCAUGUGCUGAGUAUCUUAUUAUAUAAAGAAAGCCAGCCACACAAGUGUAGCUGAGAGGCCUUGGGGGUUAUUUGUUUCAAACUGGGUUUUUUCCUCAUCUUCUACCUCCCUUCUUUGAAUUAGAAUAUGGUAGAAAGAGAUCUGGCCCAAUGGCAUAUGUUUGAUUUUUUUUAAAUUUUGUUUUCCCUUGUUUAUAGGUCAAGGGGGAAAUGGCAGAUUUAUAUAACUUUUCACUCACACCUAUUAUGUGCCAGUUUAUAUUGACUCCAUAUGCAUGAGUAUUUGUGCAACACAAGCACAGUGGAGUAUGUACAUACACACAGUGCACAUGACCCAGGGCCUACACCUCCAAAGGCAAAUACCCCUGCUCCAGCAGCACCAUCGUAGAGUGCUUCAGACUGAUGAGCCUCUCUGCUCCUUUCUUUAAAACCCUUCUGUGAAGAUUUCCCAGCUCUCUUGGCAACACUUGUUAACAUCGAAUAACACUCAUCAUCAAGAAAUUGUCUUCCUUAAUUUAAAAAGAACACUGUCUGGCUCCAUUUUAUUUAUUGCUUUUUCUCUGCACUAAAAGGUGAGAAGAGUAAGUUAAACACUGUAUCAAAGAAACAAACAUUCACAGUCACAAAAAUUACUACUAAUUGACCCCAUGCUCACACUUCUCUACCCUGAGCUGAAUUAUAUUCCUUUUCUCAAUGUUUUCAGAGUUCUUACUGCCCUUAAUAAUGUGGCCUUCCUACACAACCCUCACGGAGUUCUUUGCAUUCCUGUGUAGUUGUGGAACUAAGACCACACACAGACUUGAAGAGGGAUUCGGACUUUUGUUUAAGAGGAAAUUAUAUUCCACAUACCUCCUAAUAAUUUCUUGUGACAAGUUGCCUUUGGGAUUCUGGGAUUUGGCUGUGUCCAUACUAGGCCUGGACUGUCAUAUUAUAAUGUCUAUGAAUAACCCAGCUGGAGAACUGGAGCCCCACAGUUAAGGUUUUGACUUUCUCAACUGUCUUUCUUGAUUUUUAUCUUUGACCUGUAUAGACACAGCCAAAAAGAAACUGUUAAUAGCCAUCAUUCCUUGUGAUUGUAUAUUCCACUAAUAUAACAAUAGCUCUUUCGUAGACAUGUGGUAAACGAAGAUUAAAAGGCCAGUUUUUACUUUCAGCAUUCUUCAUGCAUUUCAGUGGAGAUUGAAAAAAAAUUAAUUUGUCAAUUAUUAAUUGGUGCCAAGCACUCCUGAUUUUUUUUUUAAUUGUGUGUGUGUAUGUGCACAUGUAUCACCGGUAAUAAAAGCAAUGUGUGAUAUGUGUAGGAGGCAAAAAUAAUGACCAAUUGCUUCUUUUUGAAAUCUAUCUUUUAUCUCACUUAUAUGUAAGGGAUUCCAUCUUGAUUCAUGUUAUUAGUACCUUUUAGUAUAUGGAUAUCUUUGUCAAUUUUUAUAAUUCUUGCCUUCACACCUGGUGACAGAUUCAGCCAAUGUUUUCUUGUCCUAAAAUUACUAAUGCAGUGUAAAAUUUUACCUAAGUGAGAAAUUAUUAAAAGAAUAAUAAUUGUCUGAAUUUAAGUAAAUAUUGCUCUAUUUUAGCAGAUCUUUAACAUGGCAUAGAAUUAUAAGGCCUACCAGUAUGUCUCCAGUUUUUCUUAAUGUUUCUUAAUAACACACUAAACUACCAACUUAAUAAUGGUAGAUGAACCUAUAGAAAAUCAUAGAAGUUAAAGGGUCAAGAAGUUGAAUAUGGUAAAAAUAUUCCCAAACUUGCUGAAUUCAAAUGACUUCUGUGGUUCUAAUGGAAAUGCUGUUGAGAAGUUGGGGUCUAAAUAAAAUGACCAUAGUCCCUACUUCCUUACAUUUCAGAUUUGACUAUAAUGGCAUCAUGAUAGACACACUUUCAAGAUCUUGCAAACCAGGAGGGUAGCAGUUAAUCCACUACAUGCCUUAAAUAGGAAAUUAAAGCAUUAUUUCUCUGUCUCAUGACCUGACAGGAAAACUUUCUGCUUGGACACUCUUAUACCUUCCAGGAACAUGCAUUGUAGGAAAUCUCUUUAAAACAAUGCUUUUAAUCAUGGCCAACUCUAUACUAAUACCCACCACAAAUAGUUCAGUCAGUUAAGACAACAUGGUGUUAAGUGUGUUGGUGUUGGUAUGGAGCCGAACAUAGAACACAGGCAGGGAAAGAGUGAGGAGGCACUGACUGACUAAAUGGAAAUCUUCAGUUUGAGUGUGAAUGGAGUUAGCAUGUGUGGUCCAUGUUCCCUUAAAUACUGGAAAUGAGUUCUGGAGAAGUGAGUUGUUAGAUUAAAUGCUUUAGUGGCCCUGGUAGUCACUGUGAAUCAGGCCUGUUUCCAUGAACUUAGUUUUUAGGCUUUUAGUUCAAUUCUGGACAGAACAAUAUAUGUGGUUCACUUCUUGAAUAUUGGUUAUGAUAAGGGCUAUAAAUUCCUGACCUGAAGAAGUUAGUAGUAUUUGAUAGACCAAGUAAAUGAGGAAUCACAUAUGUAGUGACCCAAACUUAGGUUGUCUCCUGGGAGAUUUUGCAAUACAAAAAUCCAGUGAGUUGGAGGUUGGGGAAGAAGGGUCAUUCCCUAUAGUUUGGCGGGUUUCCUGUAGUCAGGAACUUAUAAAUUUCUCCUACCCCCUAUUAAAGGGGGAGUGAUACACACUCAGCAAAAAUAAAUAAAUAAAUAAAUAAAAGGAAAAACAAGAAAAUAAAACUAUUAUUGUGAUAGUAUGCUUUCUCUCCCCCUACUUAGAAAAGCUUGCACUAGGUGCAACCAUGAAACAAAGUAAAGCGGCUUCCCAUAUACACAGGAAUGUUACUAUUUGUAAUUGUAGGCAGUUAUCUUACUGGAAAGGCAUGCACAGUGAAUUAAAAUAAAAGGGAAACAAUGUACAAAUCUUAAGUGUUCCCUUUGUUCUUUAUUCCUCCAUAGAAUUUCUACACCUAAGUGAAUUAUUUUGGGGAAACACCUUUAGUAAAAGGUGCUUGACAUGAAAUUUUUCACAUUUUGAUUGGCCUUGUUUGAUAGAGGCUACUUAAUCCAUAGGCACAGAUAUGUGUUGUUCAUUUUGGGUCUUUCCAGUUGUUUUUGCCUCUGCUUCUGCAAUACUUGUGCUUCUCUAGGCUUUAGAUACUUUUCUGAUUAUCCUUUAUCUGUGCCAAGAAAAACAUGCUCCAGUGAGAAAUAAAUGGUGUAUCUGGUGGUGUGCAAAAUUACUUGACACUAACCCCCAAAAUGGGAGCCAAACUUUGAUUCUCAUGCAUUUCCUUUGCUACAAUUUCAGUCUUCCAGCUUUGUUAUUUAUUUAUUUUUUUAAAGAUUUAUUUAUUCAUACAGAA